AUGGCGAGCUAUCUCUACACCACCUACCACCCCUAUUCCUACCGCUACCCACCGCCCAAGGGCAAAGGAGGGUCGGCAGGCAGCUGGCGGCCGCGGGGCAGCAGCUACUUCUCGGGCUACGGGGAGGCGGCCGCCGAAUACUUCGAUAACUACCAGCGGGCGCAGUUGAAGGCCAUCCUCUCCCAGGUCAACCCCAACCUGACACCACGGCUCCGCAAGGCCAACACCAAGGAGGUGGGCGUGCAGGUGAACCCGCGGCAGGACGCCUCGGUGCAGUGUUCGCUCGGGCCCCGCACGCUGCUGCGCCGCCGCCCCGGCCCCGCCGCGCCGCGGCCCCGUGAGGCGGAGCAGGAGCUGGGCAGUCCGGCCACCACCAGCACCCGCGCCGUGCGCUUCCCCCGCACCAUCGCCGUCUACUCGCCCGUGGCGUCCCGCAGACUCACCGCCUUCCUGGAGGAGCCGAGCCCGGAGCUGGAGCGGCGGCCGCAACAGCAGGACAAGGCAGCGGCCGUCGAGGAGGAGCCGGCCGCUCUGCGGGAGCAGCGGGCGGCGGAGGCGGCUGCCGUGCGGGCGAGCUGGGAGAAACCCUCCGAGGGUGGCACUGAUCCCCUGGGGCAGCGCCCGGCCGAGCCACUCGAGCAGCGUUCGGCCGCCCCUCGGGAGCCGGCGACGGAGGCAAGCCAGGAGGAGGUGACAGAGCCAGCCGAGGUAAAGCCGGCAGAGGAGCCAGUCGAGGCGAAGUCAGCAGAGCCGCCGGCUCAGCCGGUGGAGGAGCUAGCCGAGGCGAAGCCGGCAGAGCCGCCAGCCCAGCCAGCAGAGCUAGUCGAGGCAAAGCCGGCAGAGCCGCCAACCCAGCCAGCAGAGCCAGCCGAGGCGAAGCCGGCAGAGCCGCCGGCCUCACCCCAGAAGCGGCAGUCAUCGGCAGGCAAGACCCGACUGCGCUUCCAGUUCCUGGAGCAGAAGUACGGGUACUACCACUGCAAGGCCUGCAACAUCCGCUGGGAGAGUGCCUACGUCUGGUGCGUCCAGGGCACCAACAAGGUCUAUUUCCGUCAGUUCUGCCGGACCUGCCAGAAGUCCUACAACCCGUACCGCGUGGAGGACAUCACUUGCCAGAGCUGCAAGCAGACGCGCUGCACCUGCCCCGUGAAGAUGCGCCACGUGGAUCCCAAGAGGCCUCACCGCCAGGACCUCUGUGGAAGAUGCAAAGGAAAACGCCUCUCCUGCGAUAGCACGUUCAGUUUCAAAUACAUCAUCUGAAUGGAAUGAGGAUUUUUUUUUUUUUUU